AAUUUAAUUAGGUCCCCAAUUAGAACCAUGAAACAAUGACCUUCCAACCAUAUUCACCUUUCCAUCUAGCAAUAUUCAUCUUCUCAAUAGCAUAUUUAAGUAUUUUAAUUAAUGAAACAAAGAAGGAAGGAAGGAAGGAAGAAAUUAAGAGAAGAUGAAGAAGCUGAAUUUGUUAUUGAGGAAGUGUAAGACUUUGUCUAGCCAACUAGGAAGAAGCUCAUCUUAUAGUAGUUUAAGGUCAAAGUCCACAAGAGAAGAUUUUUGGAAUGUGGAAUCUCAUCAAGAUAAUAAAGAAGAUUUUGAGACAAUUCUUGUUGGCAACUCAAGAAGGAAAUAUGUGAUAAAAUCAAAAUACUUGAGCCAUCCACUAUUGAAUGCUCUAAUAGAGAAAUCAAAGCAGAAGCAUGGGGAAAAAGAUCAUCUUUCUGUUAAGUGUGAGGUUGUUCUUUUUGAUCAUCUUCUUUGGUUGCUUGAAAAUGCUGACCCCAACAACCUUAAUUCUGAUUCAUUUGAGGAAUUGGCUGAUCUAUAUGUUGUUUAUUAA